AUGGAUCAAUUACCAGAACUUCUAAACUACAAGCAUUUUCUUGAAGAACACAAAAAUACUACACACUUAAACUUAUCAGAUGCUGGUGACAUUGUUUCGGACUUCGAGAAUGGUUUAUAUACAGCCAACAAGUUCUCCACGGUGGUUCUUCUUUCUCUAUAUGUUCCAACAUUUAUACUGGGUCUUGUUGGCAACAUCUUAAUCAUUGUGUCAGUUUCAGCGGAAAGGGCAAGGAAGGCCAAUUUAUAUUUCCUUGUAAAUUUAGCCCUAGCUGACCUUGCGGUUACGGUACUGUGUAUUCCAACAUCAAUUGGCACGAAAAUUUACAAACUGUGGGUGUAUGGAAGGUUUCUAUGUAAAUUUACAGCUUUCAUACAAGGUGUUGCCGUGGCCGUCAGCGUAUACUCGAUGACAGCUAUGUCCGUUGAUCGUUAUAUUUCACUGCAGCACCCUGUAGCAGCCCAGAAAAUGACAUCAGCUUGCCAGUCGUGCGUUCUCAUUUUAUUCAUGUGGAUUGUAGCGGCAGUUUUUAUGGGACCGCUCAUCUACAUCCGAGACAUUGACAUGUUAAACGACGUUCCCUUGUUACGGCCUCUUCCAUUUUGUAUCGAGAAAUGGCCGCAUGACAGAGACAGACAAGCUUACGGUGUCUUUUUACUAUUUGUUGUGUUCAUCAUUCCGGCCUUCACUAUUACUAUCUGCUACGGGAAUGUCGGUAAGGCUCUGUGUACGGUAGAAGGGCACCAACGUGUCAGCUCUGACGGUAGUACCCAAAGACUUGUCUCCCGCCAACGGGCAGCCCGCAUGGUGAUUAUACUCAUUUUUGUGUUCAUGCUUUGCUGGUUGCCAUAUAGCAUCAUUUCAACUCUGUCAGACCUUUAUGAAAACGCAAAAUUUACAAAUACUUUGCCAUUUGUUCUGUGGUUGGGACAAGCUCACAGUGCAUUCAAUCCAAUGUUGUAUUGGUCACUGAAUAGACAUUUUCGAGCCAGUGUGCAUAGACUAGUGAAAGUUGUGAUAAUCACAGGCUGUUCAAAUGAUUCGACACAAACGGUGUCGUUACCACAAUAUGUGUAA